AUGCCGCCUCUGGAGCUCCUAACUCUACUAUUAGUAUUCACCCGCUACGCCGUCAGGUCUGCUCCCUUACAGCACCGAGACAUCUACAGCCCGCUCGAACCUCUCAAAAGCGUCGCGGGCGACCUCCUCGGCUUUGCGACCGCAUUCGCUGGACCAGAUUCGACCGGCAAACAAUUUGGAGCGACUCCCGCAGCGUCCCUUACAGAUACCCAACAAACUCCAGCAGCUUCCGCUGGCACAAGCGGCACGCAAAAUGUAUUCAUAUCAACAGCCACAACACAAGCUACAGGGAACUCCGGAACGGGAAGCAUCACAAUAUCCGGCACCGCUACCCAACUAUCCACAGGAGGUGUCUCACCCAGUUCGUCCGGCGACGCGAUCUUGUCUGGGGCCGCGACGACAACAGACUCUGCAGGCUCUGCAAACUCUUCGCCAGGGUCCAACGAAGCAUCAAACGGGGUAAUCCCAACGACCACCGGAAGCAUUGGUGCUUCAAGUACGGGCACAAGCUCAGGUUCGGGUUCGAAUUCAGGACCUGGGUCAGCAUCAGGAUCAGGAUCAAGCUCUGGCGGUUCAUCAGGAGCCGGGUCCGGCUCGGGCUCGGGCUCGGGCUCCGACUCACCCUCCUCGCCUGCAUCAACCACCUCAACCAGCCUCUCAGCUGGCGAGAUUGCCGCGGCAGUGAUCCUCCCUGUCCUUGCCCUGCUUGCCCUUUUAUUCCUCCUCUUCCGGUACAACAAGCGCCUCCGGGAAAAACACUCCACCUGGAAUCAAACGCGACUCGAACGAGCCGCAUAUCGUCGCGCGCUUGACGACCCCAUCCUUUCAUUUGGCAUGCGCCAGCAAAACAACCCAGGGCUCGGCAUGGGCGAUGUCGAGCAAUUAUUGCGGCCCCUCAGACCGUUGUCCUUUGGCUUCAGCGACCCCAGAAGACCGUUUCCUCGACAGCAGCGGAAACCCCUGCAGUGGGAUCCAAGCCGAGUAGGAGGCAAUACCGCGUCGGCUAUUGGCAUGGCAGUCCCGCUGCCCGCGGGCCAGCAUAGCCGCAGUGCAAGUGAGGUGUCGGAGGACAGUGAUAUCUAUGGUGGUGGCGGCGAUGACCGGCCCGGGUCGAGGUCUCAGUAUCAGGAUGCUCGACCGAAUCAGGUGUCGCCUGACAAUGCGACUUCAUGA